GGGCCUGCAGCCUUUCAGAGCCGCGGCCGCCGCCGCGCAGCCCGCUCUCCCCGCGCCUCGCUCCGACUCCAGCGCGCUCUGCGCAGGAACCUGCGCCCAAGCCCGGGGGCGCCCUGCUCCUCAGUCCCCGGCCCCCGACCCCGAACGCGCCGCGGCCAGAGUGCGCCCGGCGGUGGAGCCGCUCAGAGCAGCGGGGGCUUCGGCGGCCGCUCGGGGCUCAGUCUGGCCGCAGGACCGGCGGGGAAGGAAAGGGAAAGCGGGGACACACUCCGGCCGCGGCGCGCGCGCAUUGCACACUCGCAGCCGCGCGCCCCCGCUGAGGCGCGUCCGGGGCGAGUUUGGUCCCGCGGCUGGGGCCCCGGCACCUGCUCGCUCCGCGCGCUGCGCCCGGCCCGGGCCCCGCCCCGCUGACCACCCCCCCCCCCCAUCCCCCCGCCCCUUGCCUGCACGGCUCUCCUUUCGACCCGGGGAAGAGACAACGUCCCGAUAACUUGCACGCUGUGGCGCAACUGGUCUCGACACCGGAGGUGCCCGAAGGCUGUCCUGGUGAGAAACCUGGGAAGGGGAACAGUCUCAACAAUGAAUAGGCCACUCAGCACAACCAGCUACAGAUGACUGGCCAUUUCAUUUACGAAGAUGUCGUCUGCUGCUGAGAAUGGAGACACGGCACCUGGGAAACAAAACGAAGAGAAAACCUAUAAAAAGAUCUUCCCUCCAAGUCUGUCAGCUUUCAUAGAGGAUCACCUGCCCUUCUGACUUCUUUCUCGAAAAGUCCUCAAGCAAGUGAUUUGAAAUCUUCCUUGAUGACUUUCAAGCAAGAUGUGGCAGACUGCAUCAUCUGCCAUCAAAGGUGCUAUUCAGCUGGGAAUAGGAUACACAGUGGGUAAUCUCACCUCCAAGCCAGACCGAGAUGUUCUCAUGCAAGAUUUUUAUGUGGUGGAAAGUGUGUUCCUGCCCAGUGAAGGGAGCAAUCUGACCCCAGCACAUCACUACCCAGACUUCAGAUUUAAGACAUAUGCUCCACUAGCAUUCCGAUAUUUCAGAGAACUUUUUGGUAUCAAGCCUGAUGAUUACUUGUAUUCCAUAUGCAGUGAACCUCUAAUAGAGCUGUCUAACCCUGGAGCCAGUGGAUCCUUGUUUUUUGUGACCAGUGACGAUGAAUUUAUCAUCAAAACAGUUCAGCAUAAAGAAGCAGAGUUCCUUCAGAAGCUACUGCCAGGCUAUUACAUGAAUUUAAACCAGAAUCCAAGAACUCUUUUGCCAAAAUUUUAUGGACUGUAUUGCAUGCAAUCAGGGGGCAUUAACAUCAGGAUUGUGGUGAUGAACAACGUUUUACCACGCUCCAUGAGAAUGCACUUUACGUAUGACUUGAAAGGCUCAACCUAUAAGCGAAGAGCAUCCCGAAAAGAGAGAGAGAAAUCUAGCCCCACGUUUAAGGACUUGGAUUUCCUGCAGGACAUGCAUGAAGGAUUGUAUUUUGAUACAGAAACAUACAAUGCACUCAUGAAGACACUUCAGAGAGACUGCCGGGUGCUGGAAAGCUUCAAGAUCAUGGACUAUAGCCUUUUGCUGGGGAUCCACAUCUUGGACCAUACCCUCAAAGAAAAAGAAGAGGAAAUUUCCCAAAAUGUGCCUGAUGCUAAGCGGCCUGGGACGCAAAAGGUUCUCUACUCAACAGCAAUGGAAUCCAUCCAGGGUCCAGGGAAAUCAGGAGACGGAAUCAUCACAGAGAACCCAGACACAAUGGGAGGCAUUCCAGCUAAAAGCCAUAAGGGAGAAAAGCUACUCUUAUUUAUGGGCAUUAUUGACAUUCUGCAAUCAUAUAGAUUAAUGAAGAAGUUGGAACAUUCCUGGAAAGCUCUUGUUUAUGAUGGGGACACUGUUUCGGUUCAUAGACCCAGCUUUUAUGCAGACAGAUUUCUAAAGUUUAUGAAUUCCAGAGUUUUCAAGAAAAUUCAAGCUUUGAAGGCGUCACCUUCUAAGAAACGGUGCAACUCCAUCGCUGCCCUGAAGGCAACCUCACAGGAGAUUGUGUCCUCAAUUAGCCAGGAAUGGAAGGAUGAGAAGCAUGAUUUGCUGACUGAAGGGCAGAGUUUUAGCAGCCUUGAUGAAGAAGCACUGGGAUCCCGACACAGGCCAGAUCUGGUGCCUAGUACUCCAUCGCUGUUUGAAGCCGCUUCCUUGGCGACCACAAUUUCAUCUUCUUCCUUGUAUGUCAAUGAACAUUAUCCACAUGACAGGACUACACUUUAUUCAAACAGUAAAGGGUUACCUUCCAGUUCCACCUUUACCUUGGAAGAGGGGACCAUCUACUUGACUUCUGAGCCAGAUGCUCUGGAAAUGCAAGAUGAUGCCUCCGUGCUUGAUGUCUAUUUAGAAAAAAGGGAGGGAUGGAAAUGAGCCUAGAAGUGAGACCUCAGAAGAGGAACGUCUCACCCCUGACACCCUCGGCACAGCACUCUAAAAAGUCACCCUCCAAAAACUUGGCCCAUCAUGAAGUGAUCUACUUUAGGGGGACCCCUGGGGUAACCUGGCUGCCCCACAGUGGGGUCCAUCCUCAGAAAGGGCUUUGUUUUCAGCAAACAGACUACUUUUGUUUUGCUGUGUUCCUUUGUGUGCAUUGUACAGUUUCAGUCAUAGAAGUACCUGAGUUUAAGUGGAAAUAAACGUAUGAACUUCUCACACACCCACAAACCAACAUAUGUGAAUAAAUAAUGCUAAGGAUUUAGGCCACAGAAAUUCCUAAAUACUCCUUUCACACCAACCGUUAUCACACCUUUUCCUUCAGGUCUCAGAAUUUAAAACAUAUCGUGGUUUCUCAGAGCAUCACAUGCUUAGGGAACCCUGGCAUCUGUGUGGACAGAUGAUUACGUACAUGUACAUACAAGAGCAGUUGAUGACAAGAGCUCAAAUGUCAUUCUGUCUGUCCAUGCUUCCCUGAGAUAUGGCUGGGUUCUCCCACCAAAGCACCAGUUUCUGUUUCUACUUCCAAAGCCAUCAGGUGAGGAGAGGGUUGAGUUUCAGUACCUCAGAAGAAGUUGCUAGUGUUUGCGGAAGUAAUACCUGAAGAGCCCAUCUCUGUGUUGGAGAGCUGGAGGGGAUCCUACACGUACCAUAUUUUGAAGAAUAAACUCAAGCUAUGAGUUUCUUCCCAGUGUAGAUAGAUAGACAGCUGAUACUUUGUCUCUUCACUGAUGGUUAAUAAAGGAUUUGUGGAUUAUAACUUGGAGAAAGGAAAA